AUUGACCCAAACUUGCAACUCAAGGCACUUGAAAGGACAGACAGACAUACAAAGACCAUGAAAACCUCCAUUUUGAGCACCACCGCCAGCAUUAUCGCAGCUUGUCUGCUGCCUACGGCAGCGAUUGCUGCGCCAAGUGAAGGAGCCCAUGGCCUUAUCAAGCGAGACUGCCCAAAUCCAUUCUCAUUGCAGCUCACAAUCGAGGACAAUUCAACAUACUGGCUUGCACCGUAUCGAACGAGGUAUACCAUCAGCGGUGGUCGGGGUCGUAUAUUCCCCUACGACUCGAGUGAUGCCUACGCCUUGACCAAUGACACAAUUCUUGAAGUUGUCAAGAUCAAUCUACCCCCUGGCACGAUUGAGCGCCCUCCACGCCAUGCAUACGCUCUUACUCUUAGCAACGGCGGCCUCGGGAUGUACUUCGUUAUGGAAAGUUACUUUGAGGAGAACCCAGAUCGCGCAGAGAACACUCAGGACUUCGUUGUCACGACUAUUGAUGCAGCGACCUGCGAGGUGACCCUGAGUUUUGGGGGACAGCAGCAAUACCUGCACUUCCCGGCUGAGGGAAAUGGCACACCACUCAUAACAUUGAGGACGGAUGAUUCUCCGAGGGCAAACGCGCAUGCCGUGCAGACGAUCAAGGCGGUGCCUGUAACACCUUGGCCCUGAUGAACGUCGAGUUUACAGCACAGGCUAGGUAUCGGUCAACUUGCGGGAGCGGUCCUUCAGACCCCCGUGAUACUCGGCACUCGCCCUCACGGACAUGUCCUUAGUUUUUACCCCAAGGCCGGUCAUACAAAUAAAUAAUUGGGGUCACCUAACUGUACCUGUACCAAGCAGCGAGCGUGACCACAUCUGUCUCACGCUCAAAGGUCUAAGUUUGCAGGGCAGUACUGUUGCUCGCGCCAUUCGCGUGUGCAUGAAGCAGGAGCCCGGAAAUCUCUAAUGUAGGUGUUCAGAGCGACAUCUCAAUGGGGGUCAUACAUGCCCAGGUCCCUAUACACCAAGCAAGCAUAUCACGGCAUAUGAACCACGUUUAAAACUUGUCCUUGGUAGUACUGAAGGAUCCGCAAUAUUUACGGUGUUGCACUCCCUUGCAUGGCCUCCAGAACUACAGAUCACGAUACGGCGCCAUGCCGGCGAUGAGAAACCAAGAGUUAGACUACUUUCAACCACAGUCCUUAAAACAGGUACAAGAUCUAUCACUGUCCAGACGCACGGGCGCGAAAGCGUCCUAUUCUCACAAAGUCCUCUAUACGAAGAAGACGAGUGGUCAGCUUGUCCUCGCAUUACCGAUGCACUUCAGCAGUUGUGGACACUGCCCGCCUGAUCACUACUUAGAUAUCCGGAGGUCUUGAGUGCUUACCACCGUAUGAAGGCGCCAUGUAUGUCCUCGGACGUGUACGGAAUAGAAGCGAAACCACAUUGAUUAUACGCUCAAUAAA